UUUUUUUGUUCUUUCCCACCCACUCCAUUAAAGAAUCAAUUCAUAAUUUCAAACAAAAUUUUUUUUUAUUCCUUAAAAAGCAGUUCUCAUACCAACUAAACUGUCGUAGUCGGCAGACCUCUGCGACAUGGCAUAGAAAAGGACACCAACAGCAACAAUUUAAUCAAAAUGUAGCAAUUUAAUCCAGUACCAUUGUAAUGUCUUCUAGGAAAUCGAUCGAAAUAUCAGGUCGGAACGUAUGCCAGAUCGCAUUUUGGUGAACCCGAUCCAUGAUGCCGAUAAUCACCAUAGUGAUCCUGAUAUUUGCUGGGAUCGUGAUGCUGAUCCUGGCCCACGUGUGUAUGAUCGAGUGGAUCUUUCGGAGAGGACUCAGAAACAACAACAAUGACGGAGCUGUGGUUGGCCGGAGCAGUCGAGGGAACAUGAGCAUGUCCAAGGACGACGUAGAGAAGCUCCCUUGCUUCGACUUCAUAUCAAAAGAAGCGAGUAGCGCCAAUGGUAGCCCUUUGAACUGUGCUGUCUGCUUGGAGAGCUUCAAGGUGGGGGAGAGGUGCAGGCUGCUGCCCAUUUGCAGCCACAGCUUCCACGCGGAGUGUGUCGAUGCCUGGCUUCUGAAGAGGCCGAGCUGCCCGAUCUGCCGGAACCGAGUUGACUCGGGCAGGUUCGGCCCUGUAGAAGGGAGCAGCGGGCACUUCAGCAGUUUCAGCCUCAGCAAUAUGGAGAGCCAGGGAACUGAGAGCAGCCGGUUCAGCGAUUCGAGAUCUGACCUGAUCAUAGAGGAUCCAAUAAGCCAAUCGAGUGAUGGGAGACUCGAUAACCAAAGAGAAGGAGUGACUGAGAUCUCAGAGUCGCAGUAAGGUAUACCUUACAUGCAUAUCUAAUUAGUUUGUAUUACAUAUCGCCAUAUAUGAUCGCCGAAGAGAUUCACAUGUUGGUGCUCCAUCCUAUUAGAUCUUUCUUCUCUUUGUUAGUCUGGAAUGGGCUGUCUGUGACCAUUCAGUGCCACAAAGGCCAACCGAUAUAACUACGAGACAUAUACCGAGUACUUUAGGACAGAAUUUCGAGAAAUAUGAGCACUCAUCGUGAGCCUUAUCUCAAAGGCCCUUGACUAUACAUAGGGUGAAGCUUGCAAACAGGCUAGCAUUCGACGGAAUGCUGGAAGUUCGAUAGUCUCUCAUCUCAUAGGAGAACACCGAAAAUGAUACGGUGGUCGAGCAUCAGUAGCAUUGGGCUGUGUCGGGCUGGGCCCAGUCUUUAUGAAAGACAUAUGGAGGAGGAUUCACUCAUCGCGGGCUUUCUGUUGUUUGCUAGGUUUUUGCUCGGGAAUUCGAUAGGCAAAGUAGUUUACAAUCUGUUAGAAGGUGUUUGGUUCGCGGAUUGUUAGAUUAUAAGAUAUGUUUUAAUUCUGCUUUGCGGAUAUGUUUGCUAGGUUUUUGCUCGGGAAUUCGAUUGGCAAAGCAGUUUACAAUCUAUUAGAAGGCGUUUGGUUCGCGGAUUGUUAGAUUAUAAGAUAUGUUUCAAUUCUGGGAAAGUAAACUCGGGAAUGUAAUAUUGUUUGGAAUGUUAUAUUUCCUUGUUGAGUAA